AUGACUAUACCGGAUGCCAUCCAGACCUUGUCGGCUGCAUUCUCAUUUGGUAUACUUCUGCAGGCAGCAACCGGCGCAUUUCUUAUAUAUUUUAAGGGUCAUGGUUCAAACGUUUUCAAGGACGGCCGGAGGCUGGUCCUCUUACUGUUCUUGUUGUUUAGUGUGUUGUGGGCACAAAUUGAUUUCUUGGAGCUCUUGAUGCCGACGACGGGUACCGGAAUUUGUCAGGCGGGACUAAUAUUUACAACGAGUUUCGAUCAGUUGGCGAGGGUGGCACUGGAACAGUUCUUGAUGUGGUCAAUUGGCCAUGGAAUGAAGAUCACCGCUAUUCGAGCUAUUUUACAAGGUCUAUUGGGCAUUCGAUUGAUAGUGGGAGGUAUUUUGGCCGGAGUUACUCGUCCUCAAUUUGCACCUACAUGUAUCGCCACUACUUCGAUAUUACCUGUUGCAAUUGUAGUUCUGGUCAUGGACCUUAUCAUUGUUGGGGCUCUACUCGUCCAAGCUGGCUCUUUGGGGAUGUUUAGAGACAAUCGUGAAGACCGAAAAUUGCAGAAUAGAGCUUUAUUGCUCGUCAUUGCAGGUUUUGCCAUCUGGACCGUAACCAGUGUACCAAUGGUUCUUGGGAUACCUAGCAUUGAUUUGAUCGCUCGAACCGUCGUACCUGCAAAUGGCCUUCUUGUGCUCAUUGGCAUCAUUACCGUUUAUCCAGUGGCAUUGUUGUCUCCGAAGCAAGAGGAUUCUGUGACUCCGGGUGCACAAUCUCCAUUUUCCACCAGCCCGAUGGCGAUAUCUCGAGGAAUGUUUCAAAAUGGUAUAGGAGCUGAAGGAUCCCCUAUAAUUGGUCGUCCUGGCACUAAAAGUCAAUUAUUUGUAGCCAAUCCUUCCUCAACGCCAACCUCAAGAGAUGUUCGGGGCUUCACAAAACUCGCCGGCGAUGGAAAUUCAGGAGAAGCGCGAAAUGCUUCGGGUUACCAAGCUCCAAGUGGUGCUUACCCCACAAUCUUUGGUGCAUCAUCAUUGGCAUCGGGUCAAGAAGCACGCACUCCAGCGACUGAGCGACUCAUGAACCCUUCCAUGUCAACUUCAGUCUCCUCCAAACGUCCAAAGGUAUCUGUCCGAGGUCUUGCCAUCUCAAAACCUAUAGUCAACGAUGAAACGGAUCCUGAUACACCCUUUUCACGAAUUGCAACAAUCGAUCUCAAGACUGCUAUUAUGAACGACCGUGAACGAAGAGCAGUGGCCAGCAAGAAGUCGCUGCCCAAUACUCCGAGGGCGGACUUUCCACGAUCUAGGAUGUCACCGGAGGAUAUUUUAAAGAAAGCAAAUGAAGUUGCACAAGAAGAAGCAUCAAAUCAGGCUAAUGAGUGGAUGGCUGCAUCGGGGUUGUCGACUUCUGCAUUACUCUCUCCUGCACGUGAUGAGGUGCGACGUCGUUCACCACGAGGAGUUAAUAACCUGGAAACAUUGGAGGAGAAGCAAACUUUCAGACCUGUCACAGGGUUACCGAUGAAUCCUAGAUCUCAGAAAUCAACAAUGCCUCGACAGAGAGCGGAGCCUCAACCACAAACAGUUAUGUUAGUGAAUGAUAUUAUUUACGACAACCCUGCAGUGGUAGAGUCCAUUAUCAGCAGAACCCCAGGACAUCUCAAACAAAAAUCCUUAAUGGAAUUGUCACCCUUAACGCCUUAUACUUCGGGGUUUGAACCACGGGAAUCAAUUAUACAGAGAGCAAGGCCUAUUCCAAGACACAAAAAUACUGGACUAUUUGGAAAUGAGCCGUUGCCUGUUCCCAGACGAAGUAAAUCAAGCUCUGCAUUAUUGGGCAGAAAGUCCUUGCUCACCACUACCCCAGGCAGUCCAUCACUGCUGCCGCCACUUCCAAAGCCACCUCCGGUGUAUACUGCUUCCAAGCUGAAGAAGCUUUUACCCAAUGACACCAAAAGCAUGACCUUCGAAGAGAAGAUAGAGUUUCUGUUUCCAGCUCCGCCAGGGGUAAGUCUACUUGAUAAUCGUCGCUCGUCCGUUCCAGAUCUUCCAAGCAUGGCUAGCAAAUUAGCUACUUCAAUCGAGCCAGAGCAGGGUAAUUCUGUCUCUAAACGGACAACAACCAUUGUGUUACUCACCCCACAAGAAUAUCCAGCCAAACAAAACUCGACAGGAGCGGAUGCAAAUCUGGAAAAAUAUCGUUCAAAUACAGAAGAAAGUGUUUCAAAGAAUUUGGUAGCAAAUCAUAAUUUUACCACUGAAAAUAUUCUCGAGAUGGUUAGCAAAAGAUUAUCCAAUGACUCUCGUGAAAGAGAUGUACAAGUAUCGAGUCCUAUGGAGGAAGGUUACGUGAGCUAUAUUAGUCCAUCAAAUACAUCUGACACAUACAGAGGUUCAUCGUAUUCUGCAUUCUCACCGCAGAGAAGUCAGAGAUUUUUGGAAGAUCUUGAGAGGUUGGAGAUAAUGUCAGAAAUAGCAAUAGAGGAUAAUGAAGGCGAAAGCGACGAGGUUACGGUUGUCACAAUCAAUUCUGCUGAACAUCGAAAAUCCAUGGCAGAAUCUGUGGCUGAUGACAGCGAGUCCUUCAUUUUUGAUAUUGAUGGCUUACCUGUUGAGGCAAAACACUCAACUUCAACAUGGCACCGACGUAUCGGUGACGAGCUGCCUACUUUCUCUGAUCGGCGAUUGAAGCAUGGCACACGGAAAAUAUCUCCACCAACGGCUUUAUUGUUAGAACCAGCCCGUGGUAGAGCUUCUCCAAUUCUCAUUCGCAACGUUGAACCAUCCCCAGCAUUAGACUCGCCAGGAAGGGCUCUCCAAGACAUUGAAGACCAACUGAAUCGAAUUGAACAGCCAAGACGCGCAUCAUUGAGAUCAAUUCUUAGUCGUAUGCCAGCUACGGAAAAUGUUGGAGGCUUUGAAAGUGAUGACGGAUUGGAAAGACUACGAUUACUCGAAACUCUUGAGCGCGAGAUGGGUGAGCAGGAGAACGAUUGGCAAAAGAUGCAUCAGAACUUCAGUCGGGAUUCUAUGUCAUCGACUGGAACUCUUGCGACUCCAAGAUCCCAGGCCUCCCCCGAGCCAUCAAGAUCUGCUCUGGAUACAAGGGCAUCACAAAGAUUAUCGUUGGGAUUACGCCGUAGUUCAUCUCGACUCAUGCGCCAACAAAUGAGAGAUGAUCUGAACGGGACGUCUGCAGAAGCUGAAAUUGUGCCUUAUAAAAUUCAGGAAAGCUCUAGCCUUGGUGGUUGGCAGCAGCGCCUAGCUGAUGCACAAAUGUCUUACAUGGAGAAUGCCCCGACAGUUUCUCAUUCUCGCAAUAGCAGUAUCAAUUUCUUGUCGGUUUCCAAAGCACCGAAUGCACCAAUGGAAAGUCCUACUCCUACGGAGGGCAAGUUGGAGAUCGAGUCCGAAAGCGAAUAUGAAAGCGAAGGAGAAAAUAAGGAGGAUGAACGCUCAAUUCCUUCGCCAUAUUACCCAGCGUCGUUGUGGCAGCCAGUGGUGCAAUCGCCCAAAACAGCUGCCUCAUUCCUUUGGAGCUCUGCCAAUGACAAGCCCGCUAGUCGAUCUCCCGAGCCUCCAGCAAAGAAUCUCCGCUCGGCUCUGCGACAAAUUGGCGUUGAAAUGAUCCUCAGCAGUGGUGAUUUGUGGUCAAAACCAUCUCCGAAUGUGCGAUCCGGCAGUGUUUUGGUGCAAGGAUUGUGGGCAUCGGAAUCAGUCCGAGCAUCCACAGUCAAAGCUCGCCCCGUGACCCAAAGGCCUCCAAGAAGAUCUAAGCGUAUCACACUUUUAGCAGACAUCGUCGAGAACCCUGAACCUCUCCCUAACAAACGCGAUACACUAGGAAUAUUUCAAUUCCCAUGGGGAGAGCGAUCUGACACAGCCAUGCCCCAACAAACCUACAACCCAUUCUUCCAAACAGGACCAGCCUUGAACGCGGCCCUCGACUCAAGAUCACGUCAAUUGGAGCCUGACUCAUUAGAAUAUUCAUCUACAUCUUUCUUUGAAGAUUACGACGAGGAAGACGAGCUUGGCUCUGAUAUGACUUCAGAAAGUGAAGAUGAGUUUGACGAGACCACUCUGUGGGAAAUAGCAAGCAUGCUUAAGUCCACUGAUGUUCCCUCAAAGGACAGCCUCCUGCCACCGAUACGGUCUUCGGAAGAUAUUGUUGAUGAUUACGAUGAUUAUGAGACUAGCUCGGAGACUGAUUUCAGCUCGGAGAACGAAGAUUAUGAGGAGUUUAAUAAUAAUAAUGAAUAUUAUGGAGAAUACAAUGAUGAGGUUAGAAACUCAACCAUUAUCUUUUCUCAUGAAGACGACUUCAACCUAGAUGAUGAGUUUGUUCCCGGUAUGGCAGCGCCAGUCGCCAACUUUGCUGAAGACAACUCCGAAGACUUGUUCAUACUUUCAGGUGAUUCACCUAGAGUUUUCGUUGAAGACCCGCUGCUUUGGGAUAACAGCAUAUCGGCAGAUACGAAGAUAUCUGAGUAUGGCUUACCUCAACCAAGUCCUGAUAUAUGGCAAUCAUAUAUCCCAUCACCGCAAGGCACAGCUCGAACACAACCUCAUCCACCGUCGCCGAUGCAAAACUUCAUGGGCCAUGAUCUUUGGACUAGCGGAGACAGUGAAGUUUUGGACGAAGAGUCAAUCGCGGAUUCUUACUUCGAGCCCGAGUCGCUACCCACAACUGUCAGAACCCUCAUGUGGAGUUCCCCAGCGGUUUUCGUCGAAAUUCCAGAUUAUGGCCUCUUUUCUGUAGAGGCUAGGCGCCAGAAUUUCCGCUCAACUGCCGAAAUACCGGCUGCGAUCGAUUUCAAAAAAAUCCAACGGAUGAUCUCAUCCCCAUUACCUGUAAUUUCAACUAAGACAUUAUGGUCACUAGCAGAGCUUGCGCAGCCUACCGGCAAAAACUGGCUAUUGAUCAGUGCGGCCAAACCGAUUCCAUCAAGAGCUGCCGAUAACCGCAGUUUCCUAUGGACCGCAAGUCCAAUAGUCGCUGAUGCUACCCGCGAGGGUCUAUUUCAACCAAGGUCGUCUCGUUUGAAUUAUCGCAACACCGAGCUAGAACCAGCCGCAUUGAGCUUGACCUCCAAAGCACGAAGUACGCCCGGAGCCCUUUCAAAGCUGGUAUCAAAUAGACUUUGGCGACGAUCGUCUUUAUUGCAUCUAGAGAAUCUAGAGCGUGAUCACGAUUGGAUCUCAGAGUCGUCAAUUCGACCAAGUAGUCCGUCGAUAGCAUCAGAGACAAGUUCUGGAAGAUCAUCUCCUGAUAUAUCGGAUGCAUCCUCCAUUGCUUCCACGAGUACCAAAGCAUCAUCACUGUUCUCUUUAGCUUCUAUUUCAAUGCGAAGAACGCUUUCAGCCAAAAAGAAGGAAGAGUUCAUACCACCACCGCCACCUCCUAUUGACCUAGCCAAGUAUCAGUCAAAGCUGCCUGUUCGUCAAGUUUCUCUUAAACCUACUCUAAGAUCUCUCCCAAAGGCUGCAUCCUCAAAGCCACUCAGGCAAUCGAGUGUUUUGUCUUACAGGGAUAUUUUUGAGGCAAACCUUCCCCUUAGUUCGGAAAAGCCUCAAUUACCAAGAUUUCGCAGAUCUGUGGUGCCAACGAAGCUGAUCAGGCCAGCCCACAGAGCUAUUAGACAUCAAUAUAGAAAUACUACCGCAUUCCGUGCCAACUGGGAGGAUGCUUUGAAUGGAGCUAUCAUUGCAGGGCUGCCUAGAUUCAAAGCAACAGCUGCUGAUUGGGACCUUGCUCUUAAUGAAGCUGUAGCUCUUGGGUCGCUAAGCAUCGAACCUCUUCAAACAUCUUUAAACAGCUUGGCACCAGUUGCUGCAGAGGAGGUGCUGGGAGAUAUCGUAGGCCCAACAUACUCCGCUGUGUAUAAUCCCGCAAUAGUCCACCCAGUUUUCUUUACGAAAACCCUUGUCUCAGACGUAGACAGUAUUCAUCCUGCUGCUAUCGGUCAUACACAGCUCCUACGUCUCACAGCCAGUGUUAAUGAUUGGGACCGAGCGCUGGGAAAGACUGCUUCUGCUGAGAAAACACGAAUGCAGCGACCUACUGCAUUCGCGUUCAUGUGGAAAGAUGCCCUAAAGGAGGCUAUCGCUGCAGGAACUUCUAAGGAGGUGAAGGGAAUCAGUGUUAUCGAGAUUCAACAAAGUAAAGCGAUGAUGAAAGUCAUUGACUAUACAAGCUACAAUGUUGCAUCUCGUCAUCCCGUAUUCUUCACUACUACUCUCGUCUCAACCGCAACGGAUAUUCAUCCUGCUUGUAUCGGACAUUGCCUUGUGACAAGUUCUCAUCCAACGUCCAAAUCUAGUCUCUGGACCCCAAAAUUAGCGAGCAUGACGUCAAUUACAAGUAUCGGUCUGUGGAGACUACAAGUUCCUGCUGUACAGACACUUCGGCCGAAUUUUGAAGAGUUGGUCUCUAAGUCGAAACGAAGAGUUACGGCACAAAAUAUCAUGAAAUUGCCAAUUCUAGAAUCUCAUGAGUUGUGGGAGCCAUCUCCAGUCUUACCCGUCUCCAAAAAAUGGCUUCAUGCUUCAAGCAAGCCCAAUGAAAACCGCAAUUUCCUAUUCCAAAAGCCUGUUAUUACUGUUACCAAACCCACUGGUGGUCUCAUGUGGGAACCGUCUUCAAGGAUAAUUAAGUCUACCCCAGAUAUGUUCGAGAGCAUUAAGCAUGAAUAUAUUCGAAGAACCGCUGCUGCUCGUUCUUCUCCUCUUCCGUGCAUUGAACAUACCCAACUCUACAAAGUUUCAAACAAGAGUAAGCCCGAAAUAAAUUGGUUGAAUGCAUCCAUCGCGACACGCAUAGUCAAAGUUCAGGAAGCUCCGAUAAUGUGGACAGCUGAUAGCUCAUGUGCUCCGGACUUGUUCUCAAAUAUAACUCAUAAACGUAUCAAGAGGGUCCCUGGCACACGCUCAUCUAUUCUCCCACAUUUGGAGUCCUCUGAGCUCUUCAGGCUUAAAGAUAAAUCGAGCAUGGAAAUUGAUUGGCUACAUUUAUCUAUCCCACCUAUCACUACUAUCCCAGGUGAAUCUAUGAUGUGGACAGCAUCUUCUGUGGUAACCACACGUACGCCAGACUUGUUCGCAAAUGUCAAAUUCAACCAUGCUAGGAGAUUCUCUGCCGUCCGUCCUUCUAAUUUACCUCGUCUAAGCUCUACGGAGCUUUUCAAGGUGAACACUGAGAAAAAGAUCGAAUUUAAUUGGCUACAUGUAUCUGUCUCUGAGCUAGUGAUCGACGAACCUGUCACCAAACUCAUAGCCAUUGAGUCACCAGUUGUUGCAGAGCCUACAUUCGAGGAGUUAAUGGCUGAUGUAGAAGCGCUUACUGAAGAGGAAAUUGCUGAAUUACUAGCAGCUGAGGAGUUCAAAACAGAAGAAGACACGAUUGCAAAGCUUGUCACGGAUGAGCCCCUAGUCAAGAAUCAAUCACGAGUUGGAAGUCUGUGGAGCCCAUCACCAAAGGUCACAGUAGAAGAAACUAGCGGUACAUGGGAAGUAUCCUCAUUGACUGCAAUUGCUCGCCCCGACAUCUUCAUGAAGAGCGACAUAUUUUAUCCCCAUAAGUCGUCAACCUCUCCCCAGACGGUUCUUCCAAGACUCGAGUCAUCAGAACUUUUCAUGCCGAACUCCCUUUCUGAGGUUGGAACCGACUGGCUUCACAAUUCCUGCUUUUCGUCCGCUUCGAGCUUAGCAGAAAUAGUGACUCCAAAGGCUCCUGAAAAUUCAGUCGACUUCAUUCCAUCUUCAACAGUCGCAAAUUCAAAGACUUGGAUACCCAAGUCAUCACCUAUAGCACAGGUCUCUGUGGAAGGUAUGUGGAUGGCGCCUAUGGCAAGCAAUAGUGUUGAGCUCCCUAUGUUCUCUGAACCACGGACUCAAUCUUUGAUCCGAAGGAACAUACAAGAAGUUGAGAAGAAAAUCGAAAGUACCGAAUUAUGGACAAAUCAGAGAAGCACUUCCGAAAGCCUCAAACACUGGUUGUUAGGCUGA